UGGGGCCCCAGGGUCACGCGGCCCGGGGCCCCGGGAAGCCUGCGGAGGACCCGACCUCCAUGCUGUCGGCCCUGCCUCGGUCUCUCCCCGGAUCCCCGAUCGUGUGCUGAGGCCGGGGAUCCGCCAGUGUCUGCGGGCACCGAGGGGGGAGGCCAGGCCCUCCGAGGGGGUGACGGCCCAGGCGGGCGCCCGGGGCGGGGCCGGGGCGCUGGGGCUGCCGCCCGCCCGGUUUCCUCCGGGGUCAGCCCGGCUCCUUAUCAGGCGUGGCCAGGCGAGCAGGGCCUUAUCUGUGGCGGCCCGGCAUCCUCUGGCCCCUGCGGCCGGGCUGAGAGGGAGGAAACCCGGCCGCCGGGGGCGGGGAGAGGGCGGGCCGGGCCCCCGGCCGCUCUGGUUCCCGGGACCCACGCUGCCCGCCGCCCGCGGCCGCCCAGGCCCCCGGGAGCCCGGGAGGAGGCGCGGCCCGGCUCUGGGGCCCGACGGGGCGGCCUGGAGGGCUUUCACCAGACCGGACCGCGGAAGCCGCCGCCUCGGGGCCCGGCCCGCCAGCCCUGAGGACACCGAGCCGGGACAACGCGCGCCAGAACGCGGGGACACAGGCGGGGUGAGCACCCCCUCCUCAGGGUCCAUGUGCCCACCCCAAGCCCAGGCGGAGGCGGGCCCCAUCAUGACUGAAAAGGCAGAGAUGGCAGGCACCCCCAGCCCAGCGCCCUCUGGGACCCCAAAGUCUGCCUCCCCGGAGUCCCCCCCACCCCCGGAGGAGGCAGGCCAUCGAGGCCCCUCCCCGCUCAGACUGCCCCCCGGCGUGCCAGUGAUCAGCCUGGGGCACACCCGGCUCCCAGGCCCAGCCGUGCCCACCACAGAGCUGAGCGCCCUCCGGCCCCCCAUGCUGCACCUGUCGGCCCUGGGAGCCACUCCGCCCGCCCUGGCCCUGCACUACCACCCUCACCCCUUCCUCAACAGCGUCUACAUUGGGCCGGCAGGACCUUUUGGCAUCUUGCCCAGCAGCAGGCUGAAGCGGAGACCGAGCCAUUGUGACCUGGACCUGCCUGAGGGGCACCAGCCGCAGAAGGUGGCCCGGCGCGUGUUCACCAACAGCCGCGAGCGCUGGCGGCAGCAGAACGUGAACGGAGCCUUCGCCGAGCUCCGGAAGCUGCUGCCCACUCACCCGCCCGACCGGAAGCUGAGCAAGAACGAGGUGCUGCGCCUGGCCAUGCGGUACAUCGGCUUCCUGGUGCGGCUGCUGCGGGAUCAGGCGGCGGCGCUGGCCGCGGGCCCCGCCGCGCCCGGGCCCCGCAAGCGGCCGGCGCCCCGGGCAGGAGGCGCGGAAGGCGGCGCCCGGCGGGAGGCGGCGGCGGCGUGCAAGGCCGAGGCGGCCGCGCGCUCGCAGCCCGCGCUCCCCGGCGGCUCCGACGGCGCCCCGGGAGGGACGGCGCGGCCCAUCAAGGUGGAGCAGGCGGCUCUGAGUCCCGAGGUGCGGUGACCCCCUCCCCGGGCCCGCGACGUCUCUGGUUUCGGGGGCGGGGGCGCACCCCGCGUCAGGGGAUCGCCCCACCCAGAUCUGGAGGCUCUCAGGGCGGGACGCGCCGAGGACUGUGCUCCGGAGUGAACUUUCUGCAGGAGGGACCGGCGGGGUCGCCUCGGAUGAGGGCGACAGAGACCCCGGAGGACUCGAGGGUCCCCAGGACCCCCCCCCGCGCAGAGUUAAUAAUGUUCAUUUACCCGCUGGUUCCCCCGCCCCCCCCCCAGUGACCUCGCCGCACCCCCUUCCCAGGGGCGAGGGCAGCACCAACGCCGCGGACGUGCGACGACCCAAGGGGUGCCUGCUCCCCACCCCGCCCUCCCCGGCUGGGGUCGCGAGGGGGCCGGGAGGCUCCGCGCCGCCCGCCAGCGCCCUCUCCCGGCGACCCCCGGGACAGGCGCCCCUGGACGGCGCGGGAGCCCGCCCGCCCCGUGGGUCGGUGGGGACGGGUCGAUGAUCGGUGGCGUCGGCGGAGGCUCUGGGCGCAGUUUUUUUUUUUCUUUAUUUUCUUUAUUUCACAUACACAUUAGCCAUUCAAUGGAGAAGCCGGAGAGAGUCAGGCAAAGAUGGUAUAACAGAAGCGCAGUGACGGGGCGGGGCGGGCGGGAGGGGACAGACGGGCUGGCUGCCUACUUGCAUUCCGCUAGGACACUGAAAACCCAGAAAACAAAACAGACAGUAAACUACCCUUGUUUCUUAUGUAUCUCAGUGCAGAGACGGGGGGGGGGGGGGUGAGGGCGGGGAGGGGGAGACCAGGCCGAUGGGGGAGCGGAGGGAGGGGGAUGCUAAGGGGAAGCACACCAAAUCCAUUAGUACUAUAUAUAGAGAUACUCGUAUAUACUGCGUUUCUUAGCCUAAGAAGAAACUUGUUUGACGGGACGGGCGGCCUUCGCGGUCCGCGAUGCUGGUGCUGGUCGGGCGCACGGAUCUCCCGGGAGGGGCCAAAGUGGGGCUGGCCCAGGCUGGCUUGGGGUGGGGGUAAAAGGAGGGGGGAGAGGGAAAGGGGGCGCCCCAGGGAGGGUGAGUGGGGGGGUGGAGGGGAGCAGAGUGCGGGUCUGGGGUGCCCCUCGGGCUCUCGAUUAGGGGACGAAAGUUCUCGUGACUUUAUUGCUCCUUUAUUUUUCUCUCGUGUGCGUGUGUGUGUGCGUGUGUGUGCGCGUGGGGGGGUCCGUUCUGCACGGGCGGGGUGGGGUGGGGGUGGUCGGAGCCACCCGGCCCCUCUGGGACCCAGAGCGCGGCGUCCGCUCCGCCAGCACGGGGGUGAGAACAAGGCACUAGGUCGGCCGGCCAGCGCGGGGCGGGUGUGUAAGGCAGUCGUCGGGGCUGAUUGCGGGGGUGGGGGCUGGGGGGCUGUGUGCGGGGGGGGGCCGUGUGCGUGCGUGCGUGCGUGCGCGGGCCUGGGCAGAUCGACCUGUCGGCGGCGUGGCUGGUUCUGUUCUGGAGCAUGGAGCCUUCCUUCCGGGGUGGGGCUGGGGGGGGAGCCAGGGGUGGUGUUGAGUGGGGGGGGCGCCGGAGGGGGGUGAAGGGGGGAGUCGGGGAGGAAACGACCAACUUGCAGAGCGCGCUCCUGAUAAUGCUGGUGAGGGUCAAGUUGGCGUCUGGCUCAAAGAAGGGCGCUCGGGAGGGUCCGGGCGGAGAGGGAGAAAGGAAGGGACGUUUGUUCGUUGGCAUUGACCUCUGCGGAGGAGGGGGGAGGCAGGGACCCCCGCAGCGCCCCUCCUCCGUGCCCGGGCGGGAGUGGGGCGAGGAGGGGGCGCUGGGCCCCAGGAAAGGGGGGUGCCCGGGGAGACCCGCGGCCGAGCAGCCCGGCCACCGGCGGGUGCGCGCGCCGCUGUCCCGUUCCGUUAAACUCAACAAAGAAGGGGUAUGCGUGUUUCUAACAAGUGCAGGAUAUUUAAUUGAUUCAUAAACUUAUGCAUAAUAGUUUGUGGGUUUCUUAAAACGUACUUUAUAAUGUAAGAAGCACCAGGGUUUUUAUGUUGAAUUAUCUUAAAAGUAAUUUUCUCUCGUCCUUUUCCUUUUUUGUUUCUCCUUUUUGAUCUUGUGUUGGUUGAUUUCUUUUUAAUGUAAAGGUUUGUGUGUGUGUGUGUUAAAAUUCGAAAAUGUGAACAUUUCCUUCAGCCCUCCCACCGAAACCCAGAACGAACGACGAAAACAAAUAAAAACCCCAGGUCAUCCUCGUCAACGCAGGAAAACGAUUAAAAAAAAAAAAAGAAAACGAACAACAACAACAAAAAAGGCAGAAAAAGAAAAGAAAAAC